GCCUGCAGAGGGGGACGGGAAGUGGCUUAGUCACGUGACCUUCUUUGCGUCCCAUAAUCCAGGGCGCGGCCAUGUUUGCGCGUGCGUUCCGUAAUACGGAAGCUGCGAGGAGCCGCUGUUCCUUGUCUCGUGUCUUACCAAGCCUGAGAUGAAUAACGAUUCCUACUUUCACUGCCGCCUGCUGGAGACCCACCGCGUUGCGCGGCGCUUUCCCAUUCGUUUCUGUCCCUUCUGGGAAGGAGGGUGGCUUCUUAGACGUCGCCUUUCGACAGGAUUCGAGUCAUCAGGAAAUGUCAAAUAGUUUCUGCCCCUGAGCGUCUCUCGUCGAAUGGUUUAGUGAUCGCUGUCCGUACCUCUCAGGUCUCCAGAGCCUCCUCCACAUGCUGCGUAACCCUGCGGGCCGUUGCAGCUGUCGCUUCUUCUGGGAAGCCUCCUCUGACCUUCCUCUGGACUUAUCAGUGAACAAGAUGCAGACCCUGCCCUCCUGGAGUCCACAGUUUGGGGAGCUAGAAAGCUAACAACAAUAGUGAUGUCCGGCAAGGUGGCCAUUGGCAGUGACAUCGGGCAGGCCCGCCGGGCCGUGGAGCAGCUGCGGAUGGAGGCAGGCAUCGAACGCGUGAAGGUGUCCAAGGCGGCCUCCGACCUGCUGCAGUUCUGCAUGGAGCAGGCCAAGAGCGACCCCUUCCUCGUGGGCAUCCCCGCUGCCACCAACCCCUUCAAGGAGAAGAAGCCCUGCACCAUCCUGUGACCUCCACGGCCCCGACCACCCGGGAGGCCGCAAUAAACAUGAAGUGAGGGAUCCCUAGGA